UGUGGAGAACGCGUCAUGUCAUUAAUAAAGAGACAAAGGGCAAAUCAGUAAUUAAACAAAUAAAUUUCUCUCCCUCUCGUUACAGCUGACCAAUCAAUCACUCUUCGAAUCCACGUCUCUGCAACUCUAUCUCUCUCUAUCUUUCUGUCUGUAUUUGAUACAACCCUUCACCUUUAUGAGAUUAUCGGAAUUUUGCCUCUUACAAAACCAAGUCCACGAUCUCACAUUUCCCUCACUGUCCUCAGAGAAGCCACCGGAAGGAAUUACAGCCAACCAUCCAAACUAUGUCGUUUCAGGAGGAUGAGGAAUCCAUGGAGCACACCCUCCUGGUGGUCCGCGAGGUUUCCGUUUACAAAAUACCUCCACGUUCUACUUCCGGCGGUUACAAAUGUGGGGAGUGGUUACAGUCCGAUAAGAUCUGGUCCGGUAGGCUUCGGGUCGUGUCUUGUAAGGACCGAUGUGAGAUCCGAUUAGAGGAUCCUAACUCUGGCGAGCUUUUCGCAGCGUGUUUUGUGCAACCGGGUCAGCGCGAGAACUCGGUAGAGACGGUGCUAGAUUCGUCCAGGUAUUUUGUGCUUAAGAUCGAGGACGGAACAGGGAAACAUGCGUUUAUCGGGCUAGGGUUUACCGAGAGGAAUGAGGCGUUUGAUUUUAAUGUCGCGUUAUCGGAUCACGAGAAAUACGUUAGGAGAGAAAACGAGAAGGAGAAUGGAGAGACGAGCGAGAGCGACACCCACAUCGAUAUACAUCCUGCUGUAAAUCACAGACUAAAGGAAGGUGAAACCAUCCGUAUAAAUGUGAAGCCUAAACCAACCAGUGGAACUGGAAUGCUUUCAGCAGCAGGUCUAUCUGGGGGACUUUCGGGAACUGGUAAGCCUAAGACUUUAGGCAUCGCACCACCACCAAGUGGGGCGGGAAAAAUAAGGUCGCCGCUCCCACCACCUCCAAAUGAUCCAGCUGCUGCAAGAAUGACUGCUGCUAAUCCUGGUGUUGGUCUCAGGGCACCUAAAGAAAAUACAAAGCUAUCUACUGAUCCUUUAUCAGAUCUUUCUCCACUUGAGAGGAAUCUUCCUUCAGCAACAUCAGGAUCAACAAAGACGAGUGCAUCAGGCUGGGCGGCUUUCUAGUUUUGUGGGUUAUUUAUUUGGGUAUGAAACCUCUGUUGAUGUUUUCUUUACAAAAGUGAAAAUGAACAUAUAAUUGAAAAAAGUAAGAAAGCACAGCCAUAUAUGUUCAUGUGUGGAAAAUAAUGUUUAAUGGAAUACAGGAAUACUUCUUUCUCCUACAAGAAUACUUCUUUAAAUUGAAUUAUGUUUCAUCUUCAUUUUCUUUGGCUGAUAUUUAGAGACACUAUGGACCAAAUAUGGUGUCUAGUUUGAUGUUUGGCGUUUGAGCUAAACGUUGUUAUGCUUUAGUUUGAGAUCUUUGCUUGUUGGCUUAUAUGCCUAUCAAAGUAUCCAAGUAAUACAUGCCUAUCAAGGAACUUGAUUGC